UCUCAACAUGCAAACACGGCCACAGCAAUGCCAGUAGUACUGAGCUGUAUCAAUUGUAAACCUACAUAGAAACGUAUCCUUGCCCUAUGAAGGAGCCGCAGUUCACUCUGGCAUAUCCUCUCGAAAGGGCCGCCUGCUGAUAAGCUAAACAAGUCAAUUCAAGUGCAGGACAAAUGGCCCAUCCCGAUUGGGAUCCGGCUGAGUAUGCUUGGGAUGGGGAGACACUUACAGCGUCACGAAAGCAUCCGAAAAGGAACGCCAUGGCCUCCGACACAACUCCUUACUCGGAGUACCUUGGAGUCGACGUACCCACGCUUAUGAGCCGCCCACCAGUGGGCGCCUUGUCUAAGGCGCACAGAUUGGUUUGCCAGAUUCAGGGUUGCAAUCGCAGCCUGCAAAACAGCAAACUUUACUACCAGCGCUUUAAGCUUUGCGAGGAACACCUGAAAGCACCCGCCAUAUCGAUCGACGGCGUGCUUUCGCGGCUGUGUCAGCAGUGCGGUCGCUUUCACGAGCUCGCAGCAUUCGAGGGCAAGAAGCGUACGUGUCGCGCGCAGUUGAACCGCAUCCGUAAGGCCAAGGAGGAACGCAAGCGCAACGCCGGCAGCCCUGACAGCAUGGAUCGCGAUGCUGAUGCUGUUGAAAUAGAGGCGGUCAACACCGACAAUGGAGACGCUGGAAUGGAUGAGGAUGUCAUGGAUGCGACCAACGCAGCGCGGCGACGGUGCGGGACCGCUGGCGGUAGUUCUUCUAGCACGCAGAGCGACAACGCAAGCAGCGGCAAACCGACUCGGCUGCAGGCUUCUCAUGGGCCUGGAAUGCGUGGCAAGAAGGCUGUCAUGAAGCCCAAGCCAGUCCUCCUAAAGCAGGAGCAGCGUGCUGCUGGCAGCGACGGCAAUGGCGCCGAUGUUCGCGUCUUGGACGGUGGCUCCGGUUCCGCUACCACCCUCAGGGUCCCAGGCCUUGCAGCUGCUGGGCAGGUGGUUUGCGGCAAACAUGGGGAACAUGGCGGCAGCAGCUUUGACGUUUGUCCGCAUGACGCUGUCGGCGGCGGCGGCAGCAGCGGCAGUGCCAGCGGCAUUGUUAUCGGCGUGGAGGACGCUGGCCCCUGCGGAGUGGUGGCUGGCCCGGUGCCGGGGUUUCCAACAUCUGUCGUACCGCAGCAGCCGAACCAACAGCCGCAGCGGGUGGUGAUGCAUGCGUUGCGACAGGACGAACUUGGAGGCAGCGGUGGUGCCGUUGGCAUGAAUGCUGCUGGUACCGCCGCGGUAGGCAACGUUGUACGGCAGUCGUACAUGCCAACGAUGGCGCCGGCUAUUGACCAGCUGGCCGGUGAGGGUCGCGUGCCUAAUAUGGACAUGUGCUUUGGAGCUGGCGUCUCCAUCCCCUCAGAAGCUUGGGAGUUCCAGGGUGGCGCGGCGCCCAGCAUCAAUCCCCGCUUGGCCAGCCAAAACCUCAGCCUCGGCUCCUCAAGCCUCGGCGGCGGUUUUGCGGAUCGAGGCGGUGUGCCCCUCAACGUGCCGCUCUGGGCUGGGUACUCAGCCAUGAAGCCGGCGCCGCUGCAGCAGCAGCAGCAGCUGAGUGCCCAGCAGAUGCUUGAUGAGAACAGCGCCCUGCACUACAGGGACCCGCAGGCGCAGACGACCCUGGGUCAAGCGCUGGCGGAGGCCGCGCGGCUGGGGUAUGACGUUGACGCCGGCGGCAGCAGCAGCAACGAUACGGGUGCUGUUGGCGACCCGGAUAGCGCCGCUUUCGGCAGCAGUUUUGGCGACGGCGGGGUCAGCUACGGCAGUCUGGGUAACGAGAUCGACCUGGAGAUCCACACCAUGCUGGAGGAGCUGGGCUGGGGCCCGGGUGCGGUGCCUAACCUGCCAACACCCGCGGCCACCGCAUCAGGUGGCGCGUUCAACGGUGCCGUUGCGGCCAGCGGCGUCCCCCCUGGAGGCAGCGGAGUUGCAGGGCUGGGUGCUCGUGCCAGCUGUACGGCAAAUGUGGCGGCAGCAGCAGCAGCAACGACCGUAGCAGUCGUACAUGACGAGAGCGGCAGGCCGGCAGCUGGUGGCGUGUUUGGGAGCAGGGCCGCUGGGGGCGAGUGCGCUUUGGAGAUGCUGCUGGCAUCGCGACCGACACACCUCUCCUCCACCAUCCCCGCUGGAGGCGAAGUGUACAGCGUCGGGGGCUCCUCUUCUUCUCCGCCUCCGCACUCCUUCCCGGGCCCUGUCCCUGCGGAUGCAAAUGCCGGCAGGGCCAGCACCCAGGCGGCAACACCAGCCUUGGCACCUGAGCUGCAGCCCGGCAACAUGCCCCCCCAGCGGCUGUCCCUACACAGCGGUCUUAGGCUGCUUGGUCGCGACCCGCAGGGGGCAGCAGCGUCAGGGGACGCAGACAUGCAGCGAAUGUACGACUCCAUGGCACAAGAACCCGGGCGGGUUAGCGAUCUGGGUUUGCCUCCGCCGCCGCAGCAGCAGCAGGUCCAGCAGCAAAACCCCACACUGCUGCAGCAACUGCAGAAGCUUUCAGAGCAGCGCAAGGCGGCUGCGCUGGCCAAACUGAACUUCCAGCGGCAGCAGCACCUGCAGCAGCAGCUGCAAGGCCUUCACCCCUUCGCUCAAAACCCCUCCGGCAUCGGUCUACUCAGCAACUCCUUUGCCGGUGGCCCCAUGUCGUACACACCCGCGCAGCGGCACGCGGACCUCCUCCUACGUGGCACCCAGUCAGCAGUACUGCGGCAUGGACCUGCCGUACAGCAGCCUGUCGUACUUGCAAACGUCACCCCAGCUUUGCUGCCUUCGCAGCAACAGCCGCCAGCGCAAAGGUUCGGUGGUAUGCUGCCCGCUUGGGGCGCCCCCAUGGGUGCUGAUAUGGAGGUUGGCGGCGUUGGUGUGGGCGAUGUGGGAGGCAGCAACGUUGGCGGCUGCGGCGCCAGCAACCUGCUUAUGGCAGGUGGUGGCGGUUUCGGUCGCGUAACGCAGGUAUCCGCGGGAGGAGGGGGCUUUGACGUGGGAGGCCGAGGUGGUGCGGGUGGUCUGCCGUACACCUCCAAUGACACCAUGACCCGCGUCACCAUCAAGUUGAUGAACUGCCUGCCGGAGGACCUGCCGUGCUCGCUGAGAGCCAACCUGCAGCACUGGGCGGCUGCGGGCGGCGCGGCGGAGGUGCUGCAUGCGUGCAUGCGGCCAGGCUGUCUGGAGCUGGUGGUCGACCUGGUGCACUCGGGCUCCCCGCAGCACUUUGCCGACCUGCUGACGGGGGGCGCAUGCGGCAGCAGGGGCCCCGAGGCGCAGGCGGCGCAGCGGGCGCUGCGUCGAGCCAUCACGGAGCGCCUGGCUUCGGACAACGAGGUCAUCCUGGAGGUGUCGGGUCGCGUGCUCUGCCUGCACCCCAGCGGCGAGCCCCUGCCCGGCGGCCCGCCCCCUCGCAGCGGCCUGGCGGGCAGCUGCCUGCCGCUGCCGCCGCCCGCCACCGCCGCUUCCUCCGCUGCAGUCCUGUCAUGGGAGGAGGCAGCCGAGGCCUUUGCACGUGUUGACGGAACUGUAGCAGCAGCGGCGACAGCAGCGGCAGCUUGUAACAGCCCUGCACGGUCCAACCCCGUGUCACAGACGGCGUCGCCGCUCUCGGGCUCCUCGGCCACCGACUCCUUGUGCCCCAGCUCCUCCAAUACCCUCCUGCCAUCUGCGCCGAGCUCAGCCGCCACCUUUGCUGCUUUGGGCGCUUCCGGUCGCAUGAGGCUCGCAAGGACGUCGGUGGAUGUGGCGGCUGCAGGUGCAGGUGCCGAGCGUGUCAACGAAUGCGGGUUGUCGGGUGCCGCCGCAUGUGGCAACGGAGGCGGUGUGGGUGCUACGUCAGCAUGCUUGGAGGCCAAGCAGUACAUGCCGCCUGCUAUCCUGGGCUGCUCCUUGGCUGCUGCCAGAAGUGCUUCCGUGCUCACCUUCACACUGUACGGAGUGGUCCUGGACGAGCAAGACGUGGCGAUCUGCGCCCGCAUGGCUGGCCAGAGCGUUCCUCUGGUCGCAGCCAAACCCGUCAAGAUGACGCCCUCAUCCUCGUCGACAUCCUCCGGAGUACGUGUCCAGGUCCAAGUGCAGCCGUCGCGACCCAUGGGACUUCUGGUCUUGGAGGCUCGGCGGGGCCGGCUUCUGGGCGAGUGGUGGCCGCUGGUGGUGGUGGCGGACGGCGGCGUGGCGGGAGAGCUGAACGCGCUGGCUGAGGAGGUGGCGGCGGCGGGUGUGACGGAGGCGGGUGCUGCUGAAGGUGCUGCUGCUGGUGACGGCGAAAAGACGUGCAUACCCGCCUGGUUCCGGUCGUUGCUGGUGGACCUGGGCCAGGUGCUGGACUGGGCGGUGCGGCGGGGGCCGCCGGGGGCUCUGGUCGGGGAAGGAGACGAGGAUGGCCCCACCUCCAGCACCCCCAGCGACAUGCAGACGUCUGGGGAGACGUGGGGCAGCGGCGACGCAGACAGCAUUGCUGCUGCCGGCGCAGCUGCUGUUGGGGAUGCAGCUGCAGCCGCUGGGAGCUUCUCCACGGGUGCUGCGACGCCCCUUCCUGACAUGCAGAGCGAGGUGGUGAGGGCUCCAGCAAUGCCAGCGUCACCGGAGGCGGUGCCACCCGCGGUCGACACGAAUGCGUCGCAGGGCAGCUGCGGUACGGCGUACGGCACUGAGGCGUCCGCGUCGGCGUCGACCCUGUACGGCAGUAACAGCGGAAGAGGCGGUCGGCGGCGAAAUGAGGUUUGGGAGGCGGGUGCGAUGGUGGCGCUGCGCGCAGCUCAAGCGAACCUGGAGCUGCGCAUGUCGUACAAGGCGUGUCGGCUGCUGGCGUUUUGCGUUGUGCGGGGUCUCGUACACACGGCUCAACUGCUGCAGGGCGUGGCCACGGACCUGGGCAUGACGGCGGGCGACAUCCUCAACCGCGCGCAGUACGAGGGCGAGGAGCUGCUGACGUGCGCCGUACGGUCACGCUCGCGGCCGAUGCUGGAGUGGCUGCUGGCGCUGGGCGGGCAGGGAGCUUGGCUGGCGCGGGAUCUGGCGCAGAUGGGCCCCGAGGGUCUCUCACCGCUGCACCUGGCCGCCUCCCUGCCCGGCUGCGCCCCCCUGGCGGAGCUGCUGCUGCGCUCAUCGCCCGCCGCGCCGCAGCUCUGGUUCACGCUGAGAGCACCGCUGGCCGGCACCGCUGCUGCUGAUGCCGGCGCGAGCGGCGGUGCAUCCCCCGCCGAGAUGGCGGUGAGCUGCGGUCAUGAAGCGCUGAACGCCCUGGCUGCUCGGCUGCUGCGCCGGGCAGCGGCCUCAGCGGCGGCGGCGGCAGCCAUCACGGCGGUGGCGGCGGCGGGGGUGUCCGGUCCGCCCAUGCAGCGUGUUCAGCUGGCUAAGCGGCUGGUGCAGGCGCUGCAGCACCAGCAGCAGGAGCAGCAGCGGCGGCAGCGGCAGCGCCAGGAGCAGGAAGCUGCUGGACAGCUUGAGCCCCAGCAGGCUGUGGUGAAGGGCGCAGAAGGGCUUGCUGCACCGCUGCAGGAGCGGCGUGGAGAGGAGUGCGUGGAAGAGCGGGUUCCGGUGCCUGGGUGUAAGUCGGAGCAGCAAGAGCGGCAGGAGGGAGGCGCAGGCCCUCCAGACAGCAGCGGCAGCGUUGAGCGCGGCAGCAGCGGUGCUGGUGAGGGGGAGCGCGGCGUUUUGGAUCCUCCCGCUGAGAAUGCCAGAAGCAGCGGUGCUGGCGACAGUGGCGGCAGAGGCAGCGUCCCUGACGUCGGCGUUCUUGCGGCCACCGGUGGUGUCCUUGCGGGUGGUGGAACGGUCACGGCUGGUAGCGGCCGCGACGGUGGGGGUGAGCGUAGCGCCGUCAGUAACUGGUCCAAUGGUCCUGCUGCUGCCGCAGCUGCUACGGAGGCGGCGGCGGCUGGUGGCGGUGGUACCGCUGCCUCUUCUGGUGUUGCAAAGGCGCAGAGCUCCCGGCGGCGGCUGAAGGCAUGGCUGAAGGGCCUCGUGUCACGGAGGCAGCCGUCUUCUGCCGGCGGCAGCAAGGAGAAGUGAAGGGGUGGUGCGCAACAGGGCAGCCGCUGGUGGAGGCAGCAAGGGUGGAAGGUGUUACUGUCCUGGAAUGGCGUGGCGCGUGGUACGGGUCUGGUCAGAGGGAAGCGGGAAGAGCAUUUUUAUUCCGGUUUGGGGUGAAAAUCUCGGUGCUUAGGGUGGCUUGUGAGUCAUCGGGGGCGACCGCCCUUUCCCACGGCCGUGUGUGGCUGUGGAGACGCAGGUGAGCCGCAUGUGUCGAUGGGAGGCAUCUUUUGAUGGCUUUGUCCGUGGGUUGCAUGUGCACGUCGUUUGCUGGUGUCUGGUGGGUCUGACAAUUGGGUUUAAUGCGACAAGUUGUGGAAUGAUUCAGUAUAGUGGUGGUGCACAGGCGUGGGUACGUUACCGUGAACGGUUGGUGAACAUUGUGGACUGUCGUACUUCGAAGCCGACAUGGUACUACGUUCUGCGACAGUGAUUGUGAGAGGGGCUGUUGGACAGUGGAUGUGGUCUUGGUUGUUGUUGGGUUGCCUUGCAUGCAAUUCGGCGCGUUUGUCAGGAAACGCUGCCGAUUUGGGCAAGUUGGAUGGAGAUUGUCUGGAUCGCGGCUGUGACAUCCAGUCUUAACCUGUUUAUUAUAUCUGAAUCGGCGCGCGCUGUAGCUGUGAAUAUGGCUGAAGAAGGGGAGGCCCAACGGCGUGUUCUGUGAUUGCAAUGGACAACUAUUCCGUUAUGGAUUGCGCUGGUUGUUGUUGUUGAGCUCGAGAGAGGAGGAUUGCAGCUGGGUUCGCUGCUAGGCGUCCAAUGCAAGGAGAUCAUUGUCUUUUCUCUUGGGUGUUAAUUGACUGUGCAAUUUUACGUGCAAUCAUUGUCAUCCAGUACGCCGCAUGCGGUACCGGUAAUCUGUGAAUCGGUGAUCUCACCAUUCGAAUGGGCAUUCUCCGCACGUCUGCUGGCCUGUAUGCAUCCGUGUUUGUCAUGUGGAUUUGCUUGUGCUACGCUCUGUUAAGUUCUUUGUACAGGACGAUUCUCGUGAUUUAGUGUACGUUUCGGUGUUUUGAGUUAAUCCUUUGCUGCAUCCACCAAGCUGUUAUGGUGGGGUUGAAUGCGAGCUAUUACAUGGCGCGCUGGACUGCAUGCUAGGGCGAGCAAUCACCUUAAGCAGUCGCGCGCCUGAUUUUGUAUCCUGGCCGAAGCUGAAAUAAGCUUACAUCGAUUGGUGUGUCGCGGGGUUGCUGCAGAAGUGUUGAUCAAUUGAAUGACUGCUUUAGGAAAGUGUCCGGUGCGUUACGGUGGUGUUUGACACAGCCUUGGCUGCCGUGCGGCUGCUACUUUGCGACGUUAACUAGCCAAACGUCAUAUAGUAUAUUUACGGGGUUUGUUGAGCAGUAGCUCCUGUAAUACCUAGUUAUGUUUUUGGUUUCCUGUGGCCAAGCCCCUUGGGUUCGUCUUCACAGUUGCGUCCCUUUCCCGUAGUGUAACCAUGGUUUGCAG